AUGGAAAAAUUUGUUAUUGCAACAAAGAAACAGAAGGUCACUGAAGAAAAACCUACAUCCAGUUGUGAAGGUUUUAAGAACUUUGUAAAUAUGCUUGACCCAAAAUAUGUUCUACCAAGUAAAUAUACCAUUAGAGAAACUAUCAUGAAAGAUAUGUAUAAAAAGUGUGUUUUAAAACAAAAUAACUUUGUCUCUAUAACAACUGAUUCUUGGACCUCGGUUAGCACAGAAUCAUAUAUGGCCAUUACAUGUCAUUAUAUAGACCAAAAUUUCAAUCUAAAAAACAGUAUACUGGCAGUGCCAAAAUUAAAAGAGCACCAUACAGCAGAAAAUCUGGCAAGUGUUUUGCAACAAACAUUUGAAGAAUGGGAGAUUGCAAAGAAGGUAACAUGUAUAGUUACUGAUAAUGCUCCCAAUAUGAUAAAAAUGUGUGAAUUGUUGCAAAAGCGGCAUUUGCCUUGUUUUGCCCAUUUAAUCAACUUGGUAGUACAAGACAACCUUAAACUCAAAUCUGUACAAACUGUCCUUACCAAAUGUAAGGAAAUUGUGAGGUAUUUUAAAAGCAGCACUACAGCCCAUGAAAUGUUUAUGAACCACCAGAAAGAAAAUGGUGCAAGUAAUUCUGCAGUUAAACUACUUCAGUAA